UAAUGUUUAAAACCGAAAAGUUAUCUAGUGUACAGUUUCUUUAUUCGUUUCAAACCGAGAUGGAAAUGGACGGGAUAGAAACACUUUUAGCCAAACAAGUUCAAAUGAUACAUCGCAUGGAAAAGUUUUUUGAAUUACAUGUAACUAGAUCUGCUAUAACUAAUGAACUUGUCGUUUUGGAAGAACAGACGCGAAAUAGUUCAGAUUCAAUUCAUAAGGCAAGAAAUACCGUAGAACGAUUUUGUGAUAAGCAGUGCUCAGCAUAUUCCGUUAUAAUUCGAAAAAUGCAUCGGAAUCAGUUACUCAUGCUACAAUUGUUGGAAUAUUUGAAUAAAACGGAUAAAACUGUACGAGGAGUACUAAAAGAGCAAAAACUCAAUAAUGAUCAUUUAAAGCAAAAUUUAGCUUCUGUUGAUAAAAUGUUUCUGGCUGAUUACCAAAAAUCACCAUUUGUUUCAAAAAUGAAACCAAGGUGCCUAUCUUUUUUGGAUUUCAAUGUCCAAAUUACUCCCGAAGAAUUUGAGCGGAUUCCAAAAUAUAUGCGAGGACGAGACACUUUAGAUGAGCUUGUUGGGUUUUUACAAACAGUGAUCAUAUCUUCGUUUGAAGAGAAAUACUCCCUUUUGUAUAAAAACAAAAAAGCCGUUACUAACCAACAGGAUUUGGUUUUGUGGAAAGCCUAUAAUCAGCAACAAUCAACUUUUCCCAAUAACAAAUUCAUCACUCAGGGCGAUAUUGCACGGAAAAUUGGUAGACUUAUAGAUAAAAAAGUCAAUUCUAAGCUCACAAUGCUUCGUCAUUUGCAUAUCCUGCAAGAGACACGCCAUGAAGCCACUGUUUUCUAUCUCUGGAUCCGCGAAUAAACGAUUUUUUUGUAAUAUUAUUUCAAAAAUUUUAAAACUUGCAUUACACAUAAGUGGAAAAACAAGACAGACUGCCAAAUAAAAAUUA